AUGUCUGUUUUUGGAUUUGAUAACAUUCCGACGUGGCUUUGGUGGUUGUUGGCGAUUUAUUUGGCAACACCGUUUGUGCUUUACGUUGUACAACCCUAUUUGUUUUAUGAGGGUAAAAGUACGAAAACCAGGAUACUGAUAGUUGUUCUCGGUGAUUUGGGUCAUUCACCAAGGAUUUUAUACCAUGCAAGAAGUUUCAGCAAAGCUGGGUUUCAGGUAGAGCUAUCAGGGUACGUUGAUUCAGAUAUUCCAACCGAUAUACUGGAUGAUGACAAUAUUGAAAUUCAUGGAUUGAAGAAAUAUGGUUCUGAAAAAGGGUUACUGGUAAAGGCAUUAAAACAAGGAUUACAACUUUGUUCCAUGUUCUGGAAACUUAGGGCAGUCGAUUAUAUCCUUUUGCAAAACCCACCAACGAUUCCUAUCUUACCAAUAGCUGUUGUUGUUAAGACAUUUUCAAGGGCAAAAUUAAUCAUCGAUUGGCAUAACCUGGGUUACACUAUAUUGCAAAUGAAAUUUAAAGACCAGUUUUUACAUCCGUUGGUACUCUUGGCGUAUUUGAUCGAAUGGAUUUUUGCCAAGUUUGCUAAUUACCAUUUAACGGUGACUAAAGCUAUGAAAACGUAUUUGGUGGAGAAAUUCGGCAUCGAUGGGAAAAAGAUAGCAGUGUUAUAUGAUAGACCGGGCAAACAGUUCAGUCCGUUGAAAGAAGCUGAUGACCGUGAAGCUUUGUUGAAACAAGAAUUCAUCGCCAAAUAUAUACCGAAAGAAUUUGAUAUUUCAAAGGAUAAGAUAUUUGUCACUUCUACCUCUUUCACACCGGACGAAGAUAUCUCAGUAUUAAUCGGAUCCUUCAAGAUAUAUGAAAAUUCAUUCCAAAAGUUUGAUCAGACUUUGCCUCGAAUCUUGUGUUUCAUCACUGGGAAGGGCCCAUUGCAAGAAAAGAUUGUAAAACAGGUACAGGAUUUCAAAUGGGACCGCGUCCAGGUCGAAUUCUUAUGGCUAUCAUCAGAAGAUUAUCCUAAGCUAUUAAGGUUGUGUGACUAUGGGGUAUCGUUACAUACUUCAAGCUCGGGGCUUGAUUUACCUAUGAAAAUCCUUGAUAUGUUCGGUUCUGGGUUACCUGUCAUCUGUAUGAAUUAUCCCGUAUUGGACGAACUUGUUCAACAGAAUGUUAAUGGGUUGAAAUUUGCAGAUAGACGUGAGUUGCAUGAAGCUCUUAUAUUUUCGGUGAAAGAUGAACAGGUUCAUCAGGAGAUCAAAAGAGGUGCCCUUAGAGAAAGCAAAAAUAGAUGGAAUGAAAGUUGGGAAUCCGCGUUGUCUGAAUUGAAGAUUAUUCAUAAGUGA